CGUCAGAAUGUGAGCAGGGCACCAAGUGUGACUUCCAGUCCAUGAGGUGUAUCGCGAAGACCUGUGCUGAGUUGAAGGAAGAACAGGCCGCCAUGUUAACAGCCAUGGACCAACCGCUGUUUGGGGCUCACCUGCCCGACUGUGAAGCUGACGGCAGUUGGUCCGCGAAACAGUGCGCAGGGUCCAAGUGCUACUGUGUUGACGAGGCUGGCAAGAAGAUUGAAGGUUUCGGGGCCAACAUUUGGGAGGCAAAUGACAUGACAUGUGCCUGCGCCCGUGACCAGAACACCGUGAUGUCCCAGCCGCCGAUGCUGGGCGCCUUCGUGCCUAAGUGCGACCCGACGGGGAACUACGCGCCGGUCCAGUGCCACGGGUCCGUCUGCUCAUGCGCGGACUCUACGGGACAGCUGAUGUCCGGGACGGAAGUCAGCAUCGCGGAUGUCGAUACCCUCACCUGUUAGGACGCGUCUACGUUGAAGAAACGUGGGAUUUGAUAUAAGAUUGCUAUUUUCAAAUAAAUAAAGCCGUUUACUUCAUAACAA